AUUGAAGUCAAAAUACAAUCCUUUGAAUCAGCAUUAUCAAGUUUUAAAGACAUCAAAAAUGAAGAGAGAUAAAUACGGUCUACGCACUCAUUUUCCUUCAUCGAAAUACGUCGGUUUUGCCGAUGAGUCUUCCGAAGAAUAUUUGGGAAAGAGAGCUACCAACUUCGGCAACCAAGCCAGGUUAAAUAUAUUGAAGAAGGAAACAUCAAAACUCAGAGAUACAUUACGCGUAUUUAAUUCUUUCCGAUUUAACAUUCCUCGCAUACAAGGCGAAAUUUUAAACGCCAUACCCCAGUUGGUUGCAGGGCCUGAGAAUGCAGAGCUAUCUACACACGGCCAAUCAGAGCACGACAUUGAGAUCCAAAGAUUGACUGCCGAAUCACGAAUUAUCCAGAACCUCAUUACACUUCUCCAGGAAUUCAACGCUGGAUUGUCAAAUAUCCAAGGGACUCUGAACAAAUUUCUUAUAGAUCAGGGAACAUCUAGACCACCGAUCGAUGUUUAUCCUCAAAUCAGGCUUGAUUCCCCAGCUUCAGUGAGCAUUAACUACGAGAAAAUAGGAUUCCUUAGUCCUGCAAUGGGAAAUUUCUCAUAUACUGAGAAAGAACUCACUAAAGAAGACGUGGAGCAUCAUUUGAGAGACGGAGACAGAUCAUUCCCGCCAACUAUAUCCGUUUCGACAAUUCCAGCGAGAAUCUAUAAUAUUAGCAAAAGACCGACAUUCUGUGACAAAGGGGAAUGCUACGUCUAUAUUAUAGACCCUGGUUUACUUCAAUUGCUCGGCAUCACUUGCCGCGCGACUUCAGAUCUUGUCGAAGAACUGGGAAUUGAGAAAUAUUCCCUCCGCAACCAAGACGGUGCACAAUACGUCACACCGAGUCACCAUAUUUGUCAUGGAUUUAUUCCUGUUGAAGCCAUAAUAAUGAAAAUGAAGUUGGACGUAUAUUACUUGUUGCUUGAAAAAACAGGUAUCACAAUAGCUGGAAGCCUGCUGGAUACCACAUGUAUUCAAAAGCUUACUGUCCAAGAUUAUCUUGGAUUUGCGAGAAAACACAAUAUGGCAUGUUCUGAAACCUCUCGGGUGGAGCUGGGCCCCGCGGCAAAUGGUUUCCUCUCCUUGCAGGAGCACGUUGCCGAUAUUGGCGUCGAAUCUUUAGUGACAAAGAUGUCAGCUUUUCAACUACCGGUUUAACAUACGUCAGACUUUGGGUCAUCCCGCCCGAAUGUGGGAAAUUUUUUCACAUCGUUCAAAGGACCCUUGAGAUCAAAUUACAUAACUCGCUCAGUAAUUGCACAAAUCUGCCACAUUGUUCGGUAAAGGGAAGCCAAAUUAUUUAAGAACAGAGAUAUGUGCCUGUGAUAUCGUCUUGGGGGUAUUAGCAUUUGUAUUUAAUCGAUUUCAAUUAAUGAUGUAUCUGAC